AUGACCGGCGAUAACAAUAAGAAGAAGAAGAUCGCCAUUAUCGCCGUCUCCUCCUUGUUUCUAGUAGCCAUGGUGAUCGCCGUCACGGUCGGGGUCACCACGUCAUGGAGCAAAGGAGGUUCGAAAUCCAACGAUGGCCAGACCACCACGUCGACAAAGGCGAUUCAGGCCAUUUGCCAGCCGACGGAUUACAAGGAAACCUGCCAGAAGAGCCUGGAAUCUGCUGGGGUCAACAGCACCGAACCAAAAGAGCUUAUCAAGGCCGGGUUCAAGGUCGCCAUGGACAAACUCCACGAGGUCAUAAAAAACUCAACUACAUUGCAAGAGCUUGCCAAGGACCCCGGCGCAAACCAAGCCCUUGAGAAUUGCAAGGAGCUCUUGGACUACGCCAUUGGCGACCUCGCUGCUUCUUUCGACAAGCUGGGUCCUUUUGAUAUCUCCAAGAUCGACGCUUACGCUGAAGAUCUCAAGAUCUGGCUCAGCGCCGCCAUGACGUACGAGCAGACUUGCUUGGACGGGUUUCAGAACACAACAGGCGACGCCGGUGAGAAGAUGAAGCGUUUGUUGAACUCCACGCAGGAACUCACCAGCAAUGGGCUUGCCAUGGUGUCUGAAAUCACUAGUGUGUUGGGCAGCUUCAAUGUGAAACAAAGCCAACGUCGUUUGCUGGCAGCCGGGGCCGGAGGCGGCACAAAGAAGAACACUCCGAAGAUUAUUCCUGUGUGGAUAGACAAGCGCACGAUGGACGUGGCAAGGGCGACCCCGCAGUCGCUUAAGCCGGACGUGACGGUGGCGAAGGACGGGAGCGGGCAGGUCAAGAGUAUUGGGGAAGCUGUGAAGCAAAUACCCAAGAACAACGCCGAUAAGACGUUUGUGAUUUAUGUGAAGGAGGGAGUGUACAAUGAGUAUGUCAUGAUUGACAAGUUUAUGACAAAUGUCAUGAUGAUUGGGGAUGGCCCAACUAAGACCAAGAUCACCGGUAACAAAAACUACGCUGACGGAACGAAAACUUUUCAGACUGCAACAGUUGCUGUAGUUGGGGACUAUUUCGUUGCCAAGGACAUCGGGUUUGAGAACUCAGCAGGAGCCAAAGGGCACCAAGCCGUGGCUCUGCGGGUGCAAUCCGACUUGUCCAUCUUCUACAACUGCCAAAUGGACGGCUACCAAGACACCCUCUACACCCAAACCCACCGGCAAUUCUACCGUGACUGCACCAUCAGCGGCACCAUCGACUUCAUCUUCGGCGAUGCGGCUGUGGUGUUCCAAAACUGCAAGAUGAUAGUGAGGAAGCCGAUGGACAACCAGGCUUGCAUGGUGACAGCCCAAGGAAGGAUGGACAGGCGCCAGCCCACGGCCAUGGUCCUCCAAAACUGCACCAUCUCCGGGGAUUCGGAGUACAUUCCUGUCAAAGACAAGAGCAAGGCGUACCUGGGCAGGCCUUGGAAGGCCCUCGCCAGGACCAUCGUCAUGCAAUCGCAGAUUGAUGACAUCAUCACUCCGGAAGGGUGGAUGGAGUGGACAGGCUCGACGAAUCACAAAAGUUGCUGGUUUGGUGAGUACGGCAACAGAGGGCCCGGCUCGGACAUGACACGGAGGGUCACAUGGUCCGGCAUCAAGAAGCUUACUCCUGAACACGCCGUGGAUUUCACCGCCGGUAGGCUCAUGGAGGGUGAUAGGUGGAUAAAGCCCAGCGGAGUGCCUUACGUUGCUGGCAUGGUUUCUGUUUAG